CGGGUGCUUUAGCCGUUGAUCCUGUGCUGCGUUUUGGCUUCAGCUUGCGUUCAACCGUGUGUGGGUUCCUGGAUUUUCUUGCACCAAACCAAGAUGGCACAGCAAAUGGUUGGAAAGGCUGCACCGGACAUGGCCUUGGAGAUUUCCAGGGCAGGUGAGAAGAGCCAGUCCAACCUUUUGUCGCUGCAGAAGCCAGGACAGGCAAUGGUGUUGGACUUUUUUGCUCCUUGGUGCAAGGCUUGCCCAAAGGCUGCUCAGCAUCUGGACCACUUGGCCGAGAGCUACUCUGAGCGCUGUCAGUUUGUCCUGAUCUGUGUGGAUGGAGACGUGGAUGAAGCCGUGAGCUUUGCUGAGGAACAUGGCAUCACUCGGUGUGUUGUAGCGUCUGUGGUGGAUGAAAAUGCACCGGCAAACUACCACGUUUCUGGACUGCCACACCACACUCUCAUUGCUCCAGAUGGCACCAUUGCUCGAAAUUAUGAGGUGAAUCUGCCAGGGGACUUGGAAGAAGCUCUGGCAAAGGAGGCCUCCAACGACUCCUUAGCACCGGUGCCAAAGAAGAGCCCCAUCUCUGACAAGUACAAAGAGUUGGAGAAGCAAGACCCUUUGUUGAAGGAAAACCCUCGUCGUUGGGUGAUGUUCCCACUUCAGUAUCCAGAAGUGUGGGAGAUGUACAAGAAGCACGAGGCAUCCUUCUGGACUGCUGAGGAGAUUGACCUUGCACAGGACAACAAGAAUUGGGUAAGCCUCAACGAGAGCGAGCAGCAUUUCGUUAAACACGUCCUCGCUUUUUUUGCUGCGUCCGAUGGGAUUGUCCUGGAGAACUUGGCACAGCAGUUUUCCUCAGAAGUGCAGAUUCCUGAGGCCCGGGCCUUCUACGGCUUCCAAAUUGCCAUGGAAAACAUCCACUCUGAGACCUACUCGCUGCUGAUUGAGCAAUACAUCAAGGACCCAAAGGAGAAGGACGACCUCUUCGAUGCCAUUCACACGAUGCCAGCUGUCCGUGAGAAGGCUAGUUGGGCCAUCCAAUGGAUGAACCGUGAAAGCAGCUUUGCUGAGCGUCUUGUGGCAUUUGCGGCAGUGGAGGGGAUCCUAUUCAGCGGAUCUUUCUGUGCAAUUUUCUGGUUGAAGAAGCGAGGUUUGAUGCCUGGUCUGACCUUUUCCAAUGAGCUCAUCUCUCGCGAUGAAGGCCUCCAUGCCGACUUCGCCUGCUUGCUGUACGGCAUGCUCCAGAAUAGGUUGCCAGAAGAGGUUGUCCAUGACAUCAUCCGUGGUGCAGUUGAGGUGGAACGCAAGUUUAUUUGUGGAGCUCUGUCUUGUGAUUUGAUCGGCAUGAACAAAGACCUGAUGACUCAGUACAUUGAGUUUGUCGCUGAUCGGCUGUUGACAGCCUUGGGCCACAGCAAGAUCUUUGGCUCCGAGAAUCCCUUUGACUGGAUGGAGCUGAUUUCCUUGCAGGGCAAGACCAACUUCUUUGAGAAGCGAGUUGGUGAGUACCAGAAAGCAGGGGUGAUGGCUGGUACCUCAGAGCCUUUGACCGCUUUUGCGCUGGACGCAGAUUUCUGAGCGUCUGCAAUGACAGACACGCGGGGUAUGGUGGGGUUCAAUCGAAAAGAUUGUACACUUAGCGUAGAUAUCAUAAGGCUCAGCGACACAAGUCUUAUGAGAGUUCCCCUGAUCAUCGGCUGCACUGUUGAUGCCUGUGCAUGAAGCAGACACGUAGUCGGUGCAAAAUA